AUGGACAUCGGUGGUUUGGAGACAGUGGUGGCAAACUCUGCCUAUGUGUCGGCUCGUGGUAGUAUCGAUGGAGCCUCUGCGGCUACUUUACGUGACAAGAAGAUGCGCGCCAAGCUGGCUCUCCCACACAUCAGGAAUUGUGAGCAUAUGAAGGCGACUGUGGACUCCACCUUUGACAGCAUGUGUGUUAAGCAGCCCAUUGGCCAGCGCCUGUUCCAGCAAUAUCUGGAGAGCGAACCAAGCCAUAAGAAUGCCGCACAGCUGUGGAAAGACAUAGAAGACUACAACACCUCCCAGGAGAAGGACAGGGUGCAGAAGGCCCAAAGGAUAAUCAAUAAGUACUAUGAGUCAGCAUCCAAGACUUUCUGCAACUUUUUGGAGGAGAAGGCAGUCACCCGAGUUAAGGAAGACCAUAAGAAUGUCCGUGGUGACCUUUUUAAAGAAAGUGAGCAGCAGUUGCUCGCACAUUUGAAGAUCAAGGCCCUGGAUGGCUUCAAGAACAGCAUGUACUUUCUGCGCUAUGUGCAGUUCAAAUGGCUAGAGAGCCAGCCUGUGAACGAAGAAUGGUUCAUGGACUUCAGAGUGCUUGGCAAAGGAGGUUUUGGAGAGGUACAUGCUUGUCAGGCUAAAGCAACAGGCAAGAUGUAUGCCAAUAAGAAGCUUGACAAGAAGAGGCUGAAGAAGCGCAAAGGUUAUGAGGGAGCAAUUGUGGAGAAGCGUAUCCUGGCAAAAGUUCACAGUCGCUUCAUUGUGACACUGGCAUACGCCUUCCAGACCAAGACUGAUCUCUGCCUGGUUAUGACCAUCAUGAACGGAGGAGACCUCAGGUAUCACCUUUAUAACGUGGAUGAAAAAAACCCUGGUUUCAAUCAGACGAGAGCGUGCUUCUACACCGCUCAAAUCAUCUGUGGCCUGGAGCAUCUCCACCAGCACAGGAUCAUCUACAGGGACCUGAAGCCUGAGAAUGUACUGUUGGAUGACGCAGGGCAUGUCCGGCUCUCAGAUUUGGGUCUUGCUGUGGAGCUUCCACCAGGAAAAGACAAAACUACUGGAUAUGCAGGAACUCCAGGCUUCAUGGCUCCAGAGCUACUACAGAAAAAGGAGUAUGACUACUCGGUGGACUACUUUACCCUGGGGGUAACUCUAUAUGAGAUGAUCGCAGCCAAAGGACCCUUCAGAGUUCGCGGAGAGAAGGUUGAGCACACUGAGGUGAGUCGCAGAAUCUUGAAUGAUCCAGUUUCAUAUCCAGACACCUUCGGCAAAGAUUGUAAGGCUAUGUGUGAAGCCCUGUUGGAGAAGGACCCAGCAAAACGCCUUGGGCUCAAAAACAACAACUGCACGGAGCUCAAGAAUCAGCCUUUCUUCAAAGAGCUCAACUGGGGCCGUCUUGAAGCAGGCAUGGUGGACCCUCCAUUUGUCCCCGACCCGAAGAUGGUCUACGCCAAAGACAUUGAUGAUGUGGGGGCAUUCAGCACCAUUAAGGGUGUAGUCCUGGAUGCCAAGGACACAGAAUUCUACGAUGACUUUGCUUCCGGAAACGUCCCUAUCCCCUGGCAGGAGGAGAUGGUUGAGACAGGUGUAUAUGGAGAGCUGAAUAUUUGGGGGGAGAAUGGAAAACUGCCAGGUGACCUUGACCCUAACUUUGUGGAGGCCAAAGGUGGAGGUUGUAUUUUACUUUGA